GAUCACAUUCAGCCACCAAGACUGAACAAUGGUUAACAUGAGCUAUCAGCAAUCUCUUCUGAAAUAUCUACAUACUCCGAAUCCGAGACAGAAUAGAAGGCGAAACAAUAAAAGAAAAAGGAUUUGUUGGGACAAAUUAUCACCGACAACAAUUUGGCAGACUUGAUUAAAAGUGACUUUUAAAAGGUCCUGAGUGUUCGGAGUGGACGAGUUUCUGUGCGUUGCGACUGAGAAGAAGAUGACUGCGGAGUGGCUUCACCUGCCCCCCCCGUACCCCCCGGGAGUGGGGCCGCUGUGUGGUGCAGAGUUGGAGGCGUGGUAUGAAGACCUGCAGGAUAUACUGGGCUCCGACGCGGGCGGGGCCAAGCUGGCACGCCCCCCUCCCUGUUCCGAGAAGGAGCCAGAGUUCCUGGACGUCCUGGAGAGCUGUUCUCUGACCUGGCUGACCGACGGAGGUCAGGGUUCCUGGGGGGAGGCGGUGGUCCAGAGGGUGACGGAGGAGAGCUCCGCCCCCCACCAUGACCACACCUCCUCCUCCACCUCCAUGAGCCCAGAACAGCUGGAGGGGGAGCAGGCGAGGGAGGGGGAGGGGUCCGGAGGAGACCUCCUCCCCCCGGAGUUCUUUGAGCUUCUGAGCGAGGGGGGCGUCGGCAUGAUGGAGAACGGGGGCGUGGCGGUUGGCGGGGGUUACCAUCACCUCCCCCACCACCACCCUCAUCACCACGGCAACGUGCAGCCAGCGUCUCCGUCUUCCGAGGAGGAGUUGCCGUGCGUCCCAGACUCCCCCUCAUCCUCCUCCUCCUCCUCCUCCCAGUCCCCCUCCCACAACUGCUCUCCCCCCUCCUCACCCCCCUCCUCCCCCACGCACUUCUCCUCCCAACUCGGCAAGCGCAAGAGGAGCAGCGCCCCCUCCCCCUUCCCCUCCUCGGGCUCCCGCUCCUCCUCUUCCUCCUCCUCGGUGAAGAAGAGCAGGAAGGAGAGGGAGCAGGAGAACGAGAGGAAGGUGCAGGAGCUGUCGGAGCAGAACGAGCGUCUGAAGGCGGAGAUCGAGCGCCUGGGAGAGGAGGUGCAGAGGACACGCAGAGCUCUGAUAGAGAGACUGGUCAACACCAGGAAGUAAGAGAGAGAGAGAGAGAGAUAGAGAGUGAGAGAGAGAGAGAAAGAGAGAAAGGGGGAGAGAGAGAAAGAGAGGACACGCAAGAGCUGUGAUUGAGACUGGUCAACACCAGGAAGUAUGGAGGGAGAAGAAAGAAACGGAGAAAGAGAGAACAGAGAGAGAAGCUUAAAGACAGGUCACGAGGAGUUUGGCUGAAGGGUGUGUUUACCUGGUGGUUAUGAAAUGCAUUGUGGGAAGGGCAGAAGAGACCAAAGACAAGUUUUUUGUUGACGUUGACAGGACAAGACAGAAUCUACGGAUAAAGUUGGAACGACAGAUGACCGAGUUAAGGAAAGGAGGGAAUGAGAUAAAGAGAGGGAUGAAAAGAGAGAGAGAGGGGUCUAGGGAGGACUGCAGCAUUGCGGCAGACGAAAGGACCUGUAUGUACAGAAGUAGGCCGGGAAGCCGGGCGGAGCCUUGGAUGACAUGCUAACCUGACGUCUGCUAACGUGCUAACCUGACGUCUGCUAACGUCUGAUGACAGCCAGAAGCUCAGAGCAUCGGUUAACUGUACCGGUUAGCUCUGGCGGUUCGCGACAUAUGGAACCAGUUAUUGCAUCAUGGGAAGCAGAGCGAGAGGCCGGAAGACAAUGCAUUUCAUCAUCGCCCCUCCCCGCUUCCCCUGCCCCUCCCUUCCCCUCCCCCUCUCCUCUCAUUGGUCGAACCACUAAAACUGAAUACCCUUUUUUAUACCCAGAUGAAAAUGAAGUGUAGUUUGUAUAAUGGGAG